UUCCUCACGAGGUUUUAGUGGCGACUGGGUGGUGACCGUACAAAUUAGGGUUUCGGUUUUCAAAAGAGGGGCUUUUCUGCUUUUUCUCGAUUCUCUGUUCUCUUAAUCAAACUCUUACGCUUCAUCGAGAUUUCGCUGUUUUUUUACCUUUUUCGCUGUGUUGUGAAACCUUCUUCUCCGCGAGUUUCGAUAGCUGCUGUGUUCUCUGUUUCAGAGAGAGGGAGGUGAAUACGUUUACAUCGCGGUGUGCUGUGAGCUAUUUGAAAGGUGGGUUUGGUUUUAUUUUUGUUUGAUGGAUGAGAUUUGGGAAAGAGCUGUGGAAGCGGCUCUAGAUGGUCAAACGGAUAGGUUAGCUACACGGACGCUAACACUUGAUGGUGCUGUGAAAUGCGUUCAGGGACGUUUACCACCGCCUAGUGUUCUCGAGAGGUUUCAGAAUCUUCAGCAUCUUUCUGUAGCUAACAUCGGUGUUUCUUCGCUUGAGCAGUUCCCAAAGCUUGGUAAUCUACAGAAGCUGAUCUUAUCUGAUAAUCGGAUCACUGUGGGUUUGGAGUUUCUCGUUGAAGCUGGGCUUGAUUCGCUCCGUGAUUUGGAUUUGUCCAAUAACCGGAUCCAGUUUGUUGAGGAUCUAGCUCCUUUGGCUGAGCUGAAGCUUGUCUCUCUUGAUCUGUAUGAGUGUCCUGUGACUAGGGUUAAGGAUUAUCGAUCUAGGGUUUUUGGGUUGAUUAAAACUUUGAAGUAUUUAGAUAAGACGGAUGCUGAAGGGAAUGAGAGGCCUGAAUCUGAUGAUGAAGAUGAUGAGGAAGAUGAGGAGGAUGAAGAGGAGGAGGAGGAAGGUGACGAGGAGGAUCCUGGAAGUGGAGAGAUUGAUGGAGAUGAGAGAACAGAAGCUCCUUGGAUGAGUAAUGGCCAUAGUGAAAGGCUAGAUGGGGUUGUGGAUGUUGAUGAGGAUGAAGAGAGUGAUGCAGAGGAUGAUGAGUCAGAGCAGGCUGCUGGAGUGAAUGGGACGAGUUAUCGGCCUAAUGGAUUCCGUCUUCAAGCUGUAAAUGGGGAAGAAGUUGGGGAAGAUGAUGGGGAUGAUAGUGAGUCUGGGGAGGAGAUUGAUGAGGAGGAAGUAGGGGAAGAUAAUGAUGUAGUUGAGGUGCAUGAAAUUGAAGAUAGUGAUAAUGAGGAAGAUGGGGUUGAUGAUGAAGAAGAUGACGAAGAGGAUGAGGAGGAAGAGGAAGUUGAUAAUGCUGAUCGUGGUCUUGGUGGGUCAGGGACUACAGGCAGGUUGAUGAACGCAGGAGAGAUUGAUGGGCAUGAGCAAGGAGAUGAUGAUGAAGAUGGUGAUGGAGAGACUGGGGAAGAUGACCAAGGGGUUGAGGAUGAUGGGGAGUUUGGGGAUGAAGAUGAUGAUGGUGAAGAUGAGGAUGAAGAAUCAGGUGAAGGGUACCUUGUUCAGCCAGUGUCUCAAGUAGAGGAUCAUGAUGUUGUGGGUAGUGACAUUGAGCCAAUCAAUGAGGACAUCGAUCCGGAUGAAGAAGAAGAAGUUGAAAAUGACCUGCCAAUCCCUGACCAGUCCUUGCCAUCAUCAUCUCGCUCAAAGAGAAAACGAGAUGAUGAUGAUGAUGGUGAGGAUGAUGAUGAUGACGAUGAUGAUGAUGACGACGAUGAUGAUGGUGUUGACGAUGAGGAAGGCUGAACAGGACACAUAUUAUUACAGAUCAGAAUCUCUAGUUUGCUGAGUAUUAGAUGGAGAAGAAGCUCUGCCCCUUCUGGAAUAGGGCGGCUAUAUCUGAAUGUUCAAAAUGUCAGUUAUGGUCAGGCUGGUGCAUUUUCAAAUGACGGUUACUCAGCUUGGAUUUACCGCCCUUUUAGAAACCCCACUUUAUGGAGGGAAAGAAAAAACAACAAAAACUAGAAAAAAAAAAAGAGACCAAAGGAAGAGAGUUUGGGAGACCUUGUUUCUCUGUUAGAGGGUCUUGUAAGAUGCUUAUGUGGAUAAAUCUUUUGAGUUAUAUCAGUCUUUUGUUUUACA